UCUCCACUCCCUGCUCUCUCGCUUCUACCCAUUCCACCGUCUCUUCCCAUCAUUGACGCCGAUGGAGGUGGAGACUGUUGCACACUACAACCUCGAUCUUACUUCUCCGGCAUUCGUCUGGAAAUUCGGUUUCGAUUUCGAUUCCCCGCUCGCCGACGGCCAAUUAAUCUCUGCUGGAGUAUCUCGAAUCGGCGGCAUUGGGGGAAGAACAAGGCAUUUUAGAGAUGUCGGAAGACGCUCACUCUUUCUCGGUACUUGAGCAUGCGGAGGAACUUGGGCAUUUUGUUGUCGAAGAUGAUCCCUCGCCACCGAAUACGCAAAUGGCUGCUUCCGAGUCAUUUGAGAACCGAGAAGAUAGCGUGGUCGGGCCUUCCAAGUCCAUUGCGGAGCUGAUAGAGGUUUAUGUUGAUCAGCCGGAGGAUAAUGAAGUUGAGAUGGCUACCGGUAGCAUACAUAUCGGAGAGGGAUUGGAAUCUAAUGCGGCAACGAAGAUUCAGAAGGCAUUUAGGAGCUAUCGUACCAGGCGCAAACUCGCGGACUCCGCUGUCGUUGCCGAAGAGCUCUGGUGGCGAGCGCUAGAUUUCGCGCGUCUCAAUCGCACCACGAUUUCGUUCUUCAACUAUAAGAAACCAGAAACGGCGAUCGAGCGGUGGAAUCGUGUCAGCGUUAAUGCUUCAAAGGUUGGUCAAGGACUGUCGAAAGACAGCAAGGCUAAAAAAUUGGCCUUUCAGCACUGGAUUGAAGCUGUUGACCCAAGACACCGCUAUGGGCAUAAUCUUCAUAUUUACUAUGAGAAAUGGUGUGAAAGUGAUGCUGGCCAGCCCUUCUUUUACUGGUUAGAUCUUGGAGAAGGAAAAAAUGUAGAACUCAAGGAAUGCCCAAGGUCUUUGCUACGACAGCAAUGCAUCAAAUACAUGGGCCCUCUAGAGCGUCUACAAUAUCAAUAUAUACCAGUUGAUGGAAAAAUUGUACACCAGAGAACCGGUGAACCUCUUGAUACAACGAAGGGACCUGAAGGAGCAAAAUGGAUUUUCGUCAUGUGCACAUCAAGGAAAUUGUAUGCUGGCAUGAAAAAGAAGGGAAUGUUUCACCAUUCCAGCUUCCUCGCUGGAGGCAGCACUCUAGCAGCUGGAAGAUUCGUUGCAGAGAAUGGAGUUCUCAAGGCUAUUUGGGCAUACAGUGGGCAUUACAGACCAUCUGAUGAGAACCUUGACCAAUUAUUGAACUACCUCAAAGAAAAUGGAAUUGAUCUAACCGCAGUUGAGAUACGCUCAUCGUCCAGCGACGAUUAUGAUGACACCAAAAACACUGAAACCCAAGCUAAGAAACUGGGUGAGACCUCACGCAUCUCUAAACCUACACCUCUUCAAAUCCCUGCAAGAACAUUCACCGAGGAACCCUCAGAAGACCCCAUUGAUUCUGAAAUUGUUGAUGGCAAAGGUAACAAAGCCAAAGUUUACAGAAGGACUCUAUCCGGUGGGCUUCAGAAUCCAAUGGCGGAUGUUUCUGAGAAGGCUAUUGAAGAGAGAAUCAAAUCGAAGAUGGAAUCGAGUUCUUAUCAGCUUGGGCAUCAAGUGGGCUUGAAAUGGUGUACUGGUGCAGGCCCUAGGAUUGGUUGCGUUGCAGAUUAUCCGGCGGAGUUGAGAACGCAGGCUCUAGAAUUCACAAACCUUUCACCAAGAGCUCCAACUCCAACAACUUCAAGAAGCCUCUCGUCCAGUUCAUCACCAACCUCACGAGGUUCGAGAAGAUCCGGGUCAUGCUUAUCGCCUGGACUAAGUGAUGGUGGUAAUGGUAAACCUUGACUAUACCUUGCCAAAGUUUUUUGUAUUUCGCGUUUCUUUCAUUUCUUAAUUAAUUUUCAAUGAUCCUUAUUUAUCUCAUUGGAUACGGUACAAAGUUGAAAUAAGUAGGUCAUUUAUGCAACCUGUAGAAGGAGGGCAUGGCUCCACAGUUGUCUAGAAAAUUUCUCAAGUUCUGGGUAGUAUGAUUUCUUUUUGUUAUAGAGCUGUAAAUCAUAUAUGCGAUGCCAUAUGAUUAGUUAUUCAAUCUCUUUGCGACAUUA